UUUCACAACCUUUUUUGUCUUCAUUCAGUAUGCCUUGGAAGAUUUUGGUAUGCCCAAUAUUAUGGUCCAAUGGUUGAAUGCUUAUCCAAAACUCGAAAAGAUCGAGCCCAAACACUUUGGAACACAAAUGAAAAGCCCAAAUAAUAUCCCAUGGACAUUAGUCCACAAGUAAACCCAGUUAGGAAGCCCGCAAGAAAUAAACCCUAAUAAUUCUUAUAACAGUUUGCCGUCAAUCCCACUGCCAAUACUGUUGCAGCUGCCGCUUUUAACAAUCAACGCCGUCUGCCUCCAAACCAUCUUCACUUUCAUCUCUACCACGAUAAUCAUCACCCUGCAAUACCGAUCAACUUGAAAACAACUUGGUUGAACAUGGCCCCUUGGGUAAGAAUUUAUGAAUCUAACCAUUCAACUUUUACAAUCAAACAUCAGCAAGAAAUCCGCCGCUACUGUUUUCAUCAACUAAACAAGUACCAUUGAUGGAUGAAAUAAAUGAUUCCAAGAGAGCAUUGAUUGAGAAAAGAAGAAACAUUAGAGCAAGAGCAUUACUAAACAGCACCCAAAUGAUUGAAGCCGGCCAGAAGAACACCGAAUCUUUACUUGAAUGGAGCUGCAACUCUGAGACUCCACCACCAUCUACACCGCCAUCUCCAAACCCCAUACCGGACAACCACCAUUGAAACCGCUCUAAAAGAGUUACGAUAGAUUUUAUACAAGGCCUUGACUGAGAAUGAAGCUGAAAAGGAAGGCAAACAAAGAUGGAGAAGAACACAACACCACAAAGAAAAGGAUGGACAUAAACCCCAUGGAAACCCAAAUAAUCCUAGAGGAAAGCUGGAACUUUCAAAUCUAAGAAGAGAACCCGAAGCAAAGACUGAAAAAAAAUAACGAAACUAACACUAACCUGCUCAGAUCUGGUCUUAAAGACCAAAUCUGAGCAGAGAACUCUUUUACCUAGUUUAGAUUUUUGAUUUAGAAGAAGGGAUACUAGAGUGGAGAGAGAAAGUGCUUUUUCAUCAGUGUGUAAGCUGUUUAUCAAACGUAUUAUGGUUGGUUUUUGUUGCAGUUUAGUUUGUUAUGCCGGUUAUACUUGUUCAAGAACUGGUUACAUCGUAGCGUUAACAGAAGCCUAUAUAUGCAAUCCUUUCACCGGAGAGAAAAUUCAAUUGCAUACUCAUGAAUGGGACAGUGAUUUUUGGGCAGAACCGGCUAUUGGAUUCGAUUACAAUCAUUCAAGUGGUGGAGCUCUUCACUGGAUAGAUCGGGAUACUAUAAAACGUACAACUGUAGCUUUUCAUUUGGAACAUGAGACGUUUGAAUUGCUCCCAUCAAGACCUCCUGACGCUGUCGAUUAUGCUAAUGUUGGCCUCAUGGUAUUGGGAGGCAAGUUGUGUGUUCUAGAUGUAGUUCCCAGUAAACAUGUCAGGAUAUGGGAGUUGAGGAGUAGGAAGAUGUGGCUUCCGAUGUUUAGUAUAGCAUGGGAAGAUUGGAGCUGGUUUGACACAUUUGCACUGACAAAGAGCGACAAAUUUUUGCUAUGGCAGAACGUUAUUCUCUCUUCUUAUGACUCUGAAACUAAAAUGUUGAGAAAGCUAGAUGAGACUCUGAAGAAACUCAUGGAUGAUUGUACGCCUUCGGUAUAUACCACCACUCGAGCAAUUCGUUUCAUGAAUCCCCAUGUUUCCAAAGCGAUUAUGGAGGAAAGAGUUGGAAAGAAAAGCUCCUACAGAAACAAUAAAUGAAGAACAUACUGCUGCUAUUGCUAGGAGGUACUGGUCUAUCAAGGUCUGAUGAGUCGUCUCUUCUUUGUCUGUCCCGGGCCUGCAGGAGAUACUGGUCUAUGGAAGUCUGAUGACCAUCGUUUCAAGCGUCUCUGCACAUUGAUCUUUCUGCUAUAAAGUUUCUUUACAUUUCUUUCUCCUAAUGUUGCCAAAGAAACGAAGCUGUUGAUGUGUUGUAGUGGUACCUUCCAAUCCCUUGUUACUUCAUCAAGCUUGAUUACUUUUAUUGGUUGUUUAUUAUAACGAAGGACGUGAUCACGUCCAUUGGUUAAUAAUACAAGUUGGCCCAUUUUUGU